AAAAUUCUCUCUUCUAUGCAGAGUGAAUUGCUAAAAGAACUUCCUUCAUUCAAUCAAUCAAAUUUCUCGCGAUACCACCGUGAGUCGGCUUGCAAACCAUCGAAUAGACGACCUGCAGUAUAUCUACCAACUAAAGAGGUUUUAAUGCAUGAGCAAACAAUAGUCACAGAUAAGACCAAUAUUCUAUUAAGAUAUUUGCAGCAACAAUGGGAAGCAAAGAAUUCAAGUAAGAAAAGAGAUACAGCAACUGCUGACCUUCCAGAACAAGAGGAUAGUAUAAGAUCUAGAAAAAUCCAGCGUAUUGAUAAUGACACACCCGACUAAGGAGAGGAAUAUUGGGCUAGGCAGUUAUUUCUUUUACUCCAAGAUAUUUUAUGUAGACAUGUUACCGCAAAGGAUUUGAAACACUCAGAAUGAUARUUGCUCUAAACCUAUGGAGAAAGCACUUUACAGCGAUAAAAGAUGAACUUUCYCUUUGCAGUGUCAAUGUUGAGUUACACGUAGAUAUUGCUAUUCAUCUACGUUUAGACGAACAAUGGCUCGAAAGCCCGGACUUGAAUAAAUGGGAUAAAGUGCGGAGUAACAUUUAUUCAUACUAUACACCCCACUUACGAUKACUAAUUUAUUUGAGAAUUUACAAUUAGUUAUUUCAAAUCUCAGUCAAGUUACAAUGUUAAAAAUUAGUUAUGACUACGCUGUUGAUAGUAAACCAAAAUAAGUAGCGUUUACAGUAAAACAAUGAUCGAAAGGUAUCUCAAUUGGAAACAAGCUUCAUGCAAAAACAAUGAUGGACAUUUAUCAGCCUGCGCGUAGUGUAUAGACUAUAGAGCGAUACUUUUUUCAAUAGGUGUACUCUGUUGUCCAAAUAAUGUCAACCUUUUCAGUCGAAUAUUUCAGUCGUACUAGGUAAAGGGAGUUUUAAAGGAAGAGACGAGCCCAAGAGUUUACUUUUCGACCGUUAAAGCAAACUAUAAGAAUGAAGUAGAUAUGUCCCGGUUCAAGGAAUACGAUAUUCGUCGCUGAUUCGCAGACAAGAUAUAUCCAGUUUUGAUUCGGCUACACGCGGGCUAACRUGUGAUGCAGUGGCGAAUGCAGAACGGUACAAAGAAAUACAGUUGGACCCGCCAUUGAAUGCCCUUGAGGUCGUGUCGAGUGAACAAGCCUGAACACUACAUCUCUUGAGUUUAACCCUCGAAGAGUAAUUUCAGUUGUUGUUUUAUUUGAACUAUUCUAGGUUGUAAAUAGCAAGCAUGCUUUCAUUACAAGCACUUAGAUUGUUAUAGGCAUCGAAAACUGCCGGCUGCUUUAGUACCAUGUUAAGGUAUCUGGAUACAGUUGUUUAGAACACCGACCGGGACGAAAGAAACGGGUCAAAAAGUAAUUCAAGUUGGUCAGAUCGUAAUAAUAUUUUASUACAUGAUUAACAAGGGAUUCCAAUUCAUAUUGAGUAAAUUUUUGGAAAAUCGGCUUUAAUUUAUGCGUUUUAUGGGGAAAUCCAGGAAACRCUUUUACAGCUAUUUCAAACAAAUUAAGCCUAUUUUUUCCGCGAUAUCUCAGGGACAUAAUAUUUAGAGGUAUUGCCUAACUAUAACCAAAGUUUGGUCGAAAUUCRUCGAGGAAAGACAACAUCAUGCGGUACUUAACUUGGAGCAAGAAUUUUCAAAGAAUAAGAGCGUAUACAAAAUCAAAAAUUCACAUUUUACUUUGUAUCAAAUAUAUAUUGACCGAUUUCUGGAAAAGAACUUUGAUUAUAGUUUGGUUAUAGUUAGGCAAUACCUCUAAUAUUAUGUCCCUGAGAUAUCGCGGAAAAAAUAGGCUUAAUUUGUUUGAAAUAGCUGUAAAAGCGUUCCUGGAUUUCCCCAUAAAACGCAUAAAUUAAAGCCGAUUUUCCAAAAAUUUGCUCAAUAUGAAUUGGAAUCCCUUGUUAAUCAUGUAGUAAAAUAUUAUUACGAUCUGACCAACUUAAAUUACUUUUUGACCCGUUUCUUUCGUCCCGGUCGGUGUUCUAAACAACUGUAUCCAGAUUCCUUACUGGUUGCAAAUUCAGAGACGACAUAAUGUCUGAGUAAUUCACACUCUUAUAUAAAUAUCUGCUGCUAAGUAUAUGUUACUUUAAAUCAUGGUCUAUCGCAGUUUUUCCGUAUUUGUAAAUAUCAUUUAAUCAAAUAUAUUAUAAUAGUAAAUACCUCGUUUUUAGUUAUUUUCAGUUAUUACAUAACUGAUUCAUGCAGAACAGYACUGUAUGUCCUGUAUUUAACGCAAACUGUUCAGUGAAAUAAACGUUCUUUUUCUCUCA